AUGAGCGUAAUUCGUAGAGCUGGCAGAAGCAAUAUUAACACCGCGUUAGCUGUUAGUUUCUUCGAACCAUCACGUGAAACUGUUUUAAAGGCUGAAGCAUCAAAGAGAUACUUAGAAAACUUAUGGACUCAAAGAGCAAGACAAUUAGAAGAAAGAAAAGAAGACAUUUCUACCUUAAAUCGUGCCCUCGACAGUAUCAAUGCAACAGAAGAAGAAAAACAACAAUUAUUACAAGAAUUUCAUCAAGAAGGUUCACAAUUUACAAGAUUACAACGUCAAAGACUUCGCCCAGAGAAUUUCAACUACAUCAAACUUAUCGGUCGCGGUGGUUUUGCAGAUGUCUGGUUAGUUACAGACAAGAAUGCCCAAAUCUAUGCUUUGAAGAUCAUCAGAAAGGCAGACGUUAUUCUAAACGACCAAGUACAAUCAGUUAUCAAUGAGCGCAACAUUCUUUCAGUUGCUAACAAUAAUUGGAUUGUUAACCUUCAUUCAUCUUUCCAAGACAACGAUCAUUUAUAUCUCCUUUUAGAUUUCGUACAAGGUGGUGACUUAAUGAAUGCGUUAGUUAAGAUCAACACAUUCCCAUACCCUGUUGCAAGAUUUUUUGCCGGAGAAAUCGUUUUAGCUCUUCACUACAUCCACCAACUUGGCUAUGUUCAUUCAGAUGUCAAGCCGGACAACAUUCUGAUCAAUUCUGAUGGCCACAUCAAAUUGACAGAUUUUGGCAUCGCAUCUUCCUACAACAAAGUCGAUAACGAUUACAACAAUCUCCUUAUUAACUCACAGGACCUCUUAAUCGACUCUUCAUCGAUUGUUUCUACCGCAAAUAACAGACAUCACAGACAAAGGAGUUCAAUUGUCGGAACAAUCGAUUACGUUGCUCCAGAAGUCAUAUUAGGAGAAGCUCCUUCCGUUGAAAGCGAUUGGUGGUCGUUCGGUGUCAUUCUUUACGAAUUUCUUUACGGAUUUACACCUUUUGCAAGCGAGUCCAAGCAAGAAACCGCGUUAAGAAUUGUUCACUGGAGGAAGUCACUGAGAAUCCCAGCUUCACAGAGAGUUCCAACUGUCGCAUUAGACUUGAUCAGAAAAUUACUUUGCGACAAAGAACAGAGAAUCGGAUUUGACGAAAUCAUCGCUCAUCCUUUCUUCAAAGGCUUUGAUUUCAACAACUACCAGGCGAAUAAACCACCAAUGAGGCCACAAGUCACAGAUCCACUCGACACACAGCAUUUCGAUGAAUUUACAGUUGUCCCAGAAGAAUUGAGAGCAGCUUCCUGCCUCUCAAAGCUUGCUUCUUUCGCUUUCCUCGGAUUUUCAUUCAAGGCAAAGCCACAGUCAGCAGUUCUCGCAAAGGUAUGCAACCAUUGCUAA